AAACCAAUAAGGAUAGGACAAGAGAAUAGCUGUGGUUUGCGUUGCAAAAACAAAAAAAGCCCCGAGGCUCCACGGGCAGACCUACAAGGCUGCGCCAACAAAUCGAGGGAUGAGAUGGUGCUGUUUCUUUGUCUGGGCUUCUCAGAUGCUAUCAACUGCUGCUGUUUAGAGGGAAAGAGCGCGGGGCUCAAAGCGGUGACUAAACAGAACGGUGGGAGCUGAUGGCUGCGAGUUUGGGGCGAGGUAGAAACUCUCCAGUGCCACUUCCGACUCUGAGCCUUCCUGUUGCCGUCCAGUGUGGCGGUUUUCUCGCCGGGGCCAGCGUGUGCGCUCAGUCGCUCGGCAGCCCGAGCCUGCAGCGGCGCCCAGGCGGCGGUCCUCGCGGCCCCGCUUCCCCCCGCGGACGCGCUCCGCUUCCCGAAGCGCCGGGCUCCGCCGAGAGCCCCUAAGAGCCCUCCCGCGUCCUUAUCCAGGAGCAAAACUAUGUCAGGAAUGGAGGUUUGCUAAACCAGAAAAUUCGAAGGAGCCCAGGAAACUGGUGGAUGCAGCAGAUGUAAGCGCUGUGCAAACAUCUCAAACCAGUUCAGAUGUUGCUGUUUCCUCAAGUUGCAGGUCUAUGGAAAUGCAGGAUCUAACCAGCCCGCAUAGCCGUCUGAGUGGUAGUAGUGAAUCCCCCAAACUCGAUAACUCUCAUAUAAAUAGUAAUUCCAUGACUCCCAAUGGCACCGAAGUUAAAACAGAGCCAAUGAGCAGCAGUGAAAUAGUUUCAACAACAGCAGACGGGUCUUUAGACAAUUUCUCAGGUUCAGCCAUUGGGAGCAGUAGCUUCAGCCCAAGACCGUCUCACCAAUUCUCCCCACCACAGAUUUAUCCUUCCAACAGACCAUACCCACAUAUUCUCCCUACCCCUUCCUCACAAACUAUGGCUGCAUAUGGGCAAACACAGUUUACCACAGGAAUGCAACAAGCUACAGCCUAUGCCACGUACCCACAGCCGGGACAGCCCUAUGGAAUUUCCUCCUAUGGUGCAUUGUGGGCAGGCAUCAAGACUGAAGGUGGAUUGUCACAGUCUCAGUCACCUGGACAGACAGGAUUUCUCAGCUAUGGUACAAGCUUUGGGACCCCUCAACCUGGACAGGCACCAUACAGCUACCAGAUGCAAGGUAGCAGUUUUACAACAUCAUCAGGAUUAUAUACAGGAAAUAAUUCACUCACGAAUUCCUCUGGAUUUAACAGUUCACAGCAGGACUAUCCAUCGUAUCCCGGCUUUGGCCAGGGUCAGUACGCACAGUAUUACAACAGCUCGCCGUACCCGGCACAUUACAUGACAAGUAGCAACAGCAGCCCAACGACGCCGUCCACGAAUGCCACUUACCAGCUUCAGGAACCGCCAUCUGGCAUCACCAGCCAAGCAGUGACAGAUCCCACAGCAGAGUACAGUACAAUCCACAGCCCGUCAACACCCAUUAAAGAUUCAGAUUCUGAUCGAUUGCGUCGAGGUUCAGAUGGGAAGUCACGUGGACGGGGCCGAAGAAACAAUAAUCCUUCUCCUCCGCCAGAUUCUGAUCUUGAGAGGGUGUUCAUCUGGGACUUGGACGAGACAAUCAUCGUUUUCCACUCCUUGCUCACUGGGUCCUACGCCAACAGAUACGGGAGGGAUCCACCUACUUCAGUUUCCCUUGGACUACGAAUGGAAGAAAUGAUUUUCAACUUGGCAGACACACAUCUAUUUUUUAACGACUUAGAGGAAUGUGACCAAGUUCAUAUAGAUGAUGUCUCUUCAGAUGACAAUGGACAAGACCUAAGCACAUAUAACUUUGGAACAGAUGGCUUUCCUGCUGCGGCAACCAGCGCUAAUUUAUGCUUGGCAACUGGUGUGCGUGGCGGUGUAGACUGGAUGAGAAAGUUGGCCUUCCGUUACAGACGAGUAAAAGAGAUCUACAAUACCUACAAAAAUAAUGUUGGAGGUCUGCUUGGUCCAGCUAAGAGGGAAGCCUGGUUGCAGCUGAGGGCCGAGAUUGAAGCCCUGACAGACUCCUGGUUGACACUGGCCCUGAAAGCUCUCACACUCAUUCACUCCCGGACGAACUGUGUUAAUAUUUUAGUAACAACUACUCAGCUUAUCCCAGCAUUGGCAAAAGUCCUGCUGUAUGGAUUAGGAAUUGUAUUUCCCAUAGAAAAUAUUUACAGUGCAACUAAAAUUGGAAAGGAAAGCUGUUUUGAGAGGAUAAUUCAGAGGUUUGGAAGAAAAGUGGUAUAUGUUGUCAUAGGAGACGGUGUGGAAGAGGAACAAGGGGCGAAAAAGCACGCCAUGCCCUUCUGGAGGGUCUCCAGUCACUCGGACCUCAUGGCCCUACAUCAUGCCUUGGAACUGGAGUACCUGUAACAGCCCCCUAGCACUUUGAAACCACACAACCGCCCUGUGACCAGGGACACAUCCAGCAGGCUGAGUCCCGAGUCGGCGCCGGACUCCAAACUAGAGAUUUCAACAUUUUGAUGCCCAGCUGCUGUGGGUCCUCGCCUCUGCCCUUGUGGUAAAUGAAGGACCACAUCCCUUUCUUCAGAACAGCUGUUGACUCUAGUACUGUGAAUCCAAUGCAAAUAAGCCAUGAGAAUGUUCUAGCACAGUGUAACGUGUCUUGGCCACAUUAACUACAUGGUUCGAACCUGUGAAGAAAGGACCGCAGACGCUUUACGUUUUUAGCAUCUUCAGUGUGACCUAAACAGCUUCUCCAAUACAGCAAACUUGAUUGCACAACAAAGACUGAAAUGGGUUUCCUGAUUACCAGUGGGGGGAUUUUCUUGUAAAGUUUUACUUUUUUGGUGUCUCAUACCCAGGGUCAUCUGUACAUCUCUACUUAUUUAUGAACAGACUUCUUAAAAAAAAAAAAAAAACCAGCUUUAUCGAGGUAUAAUUCAGGAACCAUACAAUUCAUGUGAACAGACUUUUUUGACAUCAAAUAACUGAAGAGACAGUAGCAUGAUGAGAGAAGCGACUGAAGGCUUUGGCCUCAUGACACAGCAAGUACUUUGAAUUUUAGCACAUUGCAAAGUAGUUUAAAAUAUGUCUAAUUUAAACGUAUAAUAUGUACAUCACUGAGACAAUCAUGUACAGAAAGAAUUUUGGGUGUAAAUUUGUAAUAAUGGAUGAUUCUUUUACAUAUUGUUUAGGAAAAUGAUAUUGAAAGGUAGCAAUGCCUUGAUAGUGAAGUAUGAGGCAGGAUAUGCACAGACGUGCAGUGCCUUCUCGAAGUACUGGGUAUAAAUAUGUAGAUAAUGGAUUUUUUUUUUUUAAGAUCAUGUUGUCAAGACCAAAAGCAUGGAUGUCAAGUGUCAAUAAGAUUUUGUUUUCCAAUUUUUUUUCCCAUCAGUUCUUUUUUUAUGCUGUUUGUUAGGAGGGCCUUGGUAAAAGAACACAGCAGUGUCUGUCUUAAAUAAUUUUGGGGAAAAAAAGCCCUCUUAAAACCUCACUUUUUCAUUUUCAACACUAAUGUAGUAUAUGUAACUACUUGGAAAAAGAUUAUUCAAACGCUCCGUCCCACAGAAAGAAUGUAGAUGAUGGAUAUAUUUUAUUAAUGAAAUGGUUCAUGAAUUGGACACUAGCAAAGUUUUCCUGUGCUCAGAUGAUACUUAGUCGUUUAAGGAAGGACAUUACCACAUAUCUGGAAAUCAGCAAAACUUCGUAUUACUUCCUACAUUCAUGUUCCUUCCGUUUUCCUCCACACUCACCUCCCACCCCAGCCUCCCAGGAAAGUUCAUUGCCAGCAGGGGACACAGCCCGGUCAUCAUCACCAAGAAAAUUAUGCUACUCUUCACCCCCAUUCUGUAUUAUAUGACAAGCAUAAACCUGGGAAAUAAAAUUUGUCACCUUUGUAAUACCCUAAUAAAGUUUCUCCAAAAGUGAUCCAUCGGUUUAUCUAGACACUAGUUUCUCUCAUCUAAAGCCUUCCAUUGUCAUGAAAUUACUUUUUGGAUGAAUUUUCUUUAAUAGUAUAUUGGGGGGAAAAAUAACACCAGCUUUGACCCAAAGUAGCUAAAGAGCUGCUCUAUCCUUUUCUGAAGUUUCAUGUUGCUGCUAGAAUUAGUCAGUUGUGAAUUUCUCAAAACCGUUUAAUCAUUGAAUUCAGUUUGUUUUUCCUCUUUUGCUUGAAGCAAACAGAAGUCGACAAUUUUUCAGCCUUUCCAUUUUACAUUUUUGUACUCUGCAGACUGAGAAGACAAAGUUUAUCUUACCCUUACUGUAUAAAGGUGUGUUGUGUUGUGUCCACAACUGUGUACAGAAUUUUUCUUCAUUCAAUUUGUGUUUAAAUUAAUAAAACUGAUUUGUGAAGUACUGUAA